AUGGCAGGGUUGGCUACGGCAGCCGACCUUGCCAGCUAUGUAUUGCCACUGAUUGGCACAGAGGCCGGCGGAAACACCUUCCCCGGUGUUUCGGAACCCUUCGGCAUGGUCAAGCUUGGCCCGGACAUGGACACCGGUCCUGAUGCCACUGGUUCAAGUUAUUCGGGCUAUGUCCCAGGUGCCGCCUUUUUUACUGGCUUCAGUAUGCUACACGAGAGUGGAACAGGCGGUGCUCCAAAAUAUGGCGUCGUCUCGCAGAUGCCCGUUGCGGGCACCCCCGUGGAAAAUCCGCUCCUGCGCCACGCCGAUGCCCGUGGCGCCGUGGCCGACGAAGCCAGUCCGGGCUCCUACAAAGCCACCAUGGCCUCGGGUAUUGUCGUUGAGCUUGCUGCCUCGUCGCGUGCAGGACUCUACCAAUAUACAUUUCCAAACAGCGCCAGCGGCACGAACAGCGUUAUUGUCGACGUGUCGCAUUUUUUGCCGGCCCCCGACCGUGCCUACCUGAGCCAGCACUACCUCGGCGGCAACAUUUCUGUCUCCUCCAAACCUGACGGCAGUAGUCUUCAGUACCAAGGCGCCGGCACCUACAACAAUGGCUGGAAUCUGUCACCCGCUUGGACUGUCUACUUUUGUGGCUACUUUGAUAGCCCGGGCACGGUGCAGACGUUUGUCGGCACCAGCAGCACCGGCAGUACAAUGCAUCAGUUUCCUGCGGCAAGCACCGUGGACACAUCACCGAACCGCCUCGGUGCCGUCUUUUCCUUCAAUUCGACAAGUACGAACACUGUCACGUCUCGCGUCGGUGUCUCCUUUAUGUCAACUGCCCAGGCCUGCAGCAACGUCAACAGCCAAGUGCCGCCGGGCACCAACCGGACGGCCCUGGAGGCACAGACCCGAGCCGCCUGGAACGACCAGGUGCUUAGCAAAAUCACGACAACGGACAGAGACAAUACCACGCGGCUUCAGCUGCUGUACUCGUCCUUGUACCACAUGUUUCUGCUGCCGCAGAACAAGACGGGCGAGAACCCCUUGUGGACCUCGUCGGAGCCCUACUACGACGACGUUUUUACUCUCUGGGACUUGCCGACCAUGUACGAAGAGUUCAUCCGGUCGCUGGUCGACAUCUGGCGCCACGAGGGCUUCAUGCCGGACGCCCGCUCGUCGUUUUUCAACGGCGUUACUCAGGGUGGGUCGAACGCCGACAACGUUUUGGCCGAUGCUUACGUUAAGGGCGUGCGCGGUAGCAUCAACUGGUACGAUGCCUAUGCUGCCAUGGUGACCAACGCCGAGACCGUGCCGGUCAACAACAACGACCCGCGCGACCCGACCGGCUCGACAAAGGAGGGCCGCGGCGCCUUACCGGACUGGCACAACUACGGUUUCAUUACGCGGUCCUAUGGUCGGUCCGUCACACGUGCGGUCGAAUACUCCGUCAACGACUUUUCGCUUUACCAGGUUGCCUCGGGCCUGGGCAAGGCCAGCGACGCCAGCAAGUACCUUGACCGGUCACGCAACUGGCGCAAGCACUGGAACCCAUCGGCGGCAUCGCUCGGCUUCUCUGGGGGUGCAGACUACGAGGCUCUUUCGUGGGAGUACUCGUUCAACGCCCAUCACGACAUGAAGGCUCUUGUUAACUACUCAGGUGGCGACACCGCCUUCUCUAACCGACUGGCCAUGAUGUUUGUCCCUGGCCAGCGGCCCAUUGGUUCGGCACAGUUUAACAAUACUAUCUUCAACCCGGGCAACGAACCCAGCUUCACCACCCCUUACCUCUUCAACUUUGUUGGCCGCCAGGACCUCUCUGUUCAGCACAGCCGUGCUGCUGCCGACGCCUACUACCUGCCAACCCCAGGGGGUCUGCCGGGAAACAGUGACGCCGGCGCCAUGGAAUCAUGGGUCCUUUGGUCCAUGAUCGGCUUAUACCCGAUCACCGGACAGACCACGUUCCUUAUUGGCUCGCCCUGGUUCCACGACCUCACCAUCAGUCUCGGUGGCGGCAAGACCUUGCAAAUCACUUCGACCAACGUCACCACCACCACCUCGUCAUCACAGGCUAUCUUCGUUCAGUCCCUCAAGGUCAACGGCCAACCGUGGAACCGGUCCUGGCUCACCUAUGACGACAUCUUCGCCAACGGCGGCCGCCUCGAUUUUGUCCUCGGCCCCCGGCCCUCCAACUGGUCCACCGAUGGCAUUCCGCCGCCCAGCCCGGCUACCGAGGACAUAGUGCCGCCACCAUUGGUGCUACCAUCCGUCGUUGACCAGGACCGCUUUAGUUGGCGCGUUGACCGGCCGGUACUGGCGAGUCUGGUUAGUGCUGUGUGCGCUACUCUGGUCAUCUCGGCCGUGUACCUCUGCCUUCGGCGUCGCCGCUCGCAGUUGUUGGGCAAGGGCCAAGCGCACCAGAUACCUACUACGGAGGUACCACCUCCAUCACCACCACAAGGAGUGAAGUCUAAGCUUUUAGGAUUGCAGCCCCGGGUGCUUCAACUGCCAGCGAUGGCAUUUCAACAGCUGAGACGGGGUUCUUUCGGCUCCGCAAGAAAAACCGAUGUGGCCGUCAACGAAGCAGCCGUUACAACGGGGCCAGCUGUGAAAGCAAUAGCAACGACUGUCUCUGUUAAAGCAAUCGAUGAUCUUAGCGUCUCGGACAGCCAACGGACCGAUCGCUGCGACGAUGAUGCCCCCAAAUCCAGCGGCGAGGCUGAGGUAGCAUCUCCUGUGGUGCUUCAGCCGGCACAUGCGAUGGGCCUUGAUGCUGUUUGA